AGCUGCCUGCAGCCAGUCUGCCUUGCCAGGCUAAGCAUGGAUCGCACCUCCUGAGCCGACACCCCCCCCCCCCACGGCCACUGCUGACUAGUUCUCCCCUCCCUUCUCAGCCCCACACCGACCCCGCUCCAGCUCCGGGAGGGAAGGAGGUGCGACCGACCCAGGCGUGCAGGACCAUGAUCUGAGGGCGGGAGACCUGAAAGUUGGGGGAGAUGAGCAACGCAGACUUCACAAAACCACCACUAGCACCAAAACCAAAGAUUAUCAGUCAUCUUUCUUCCGUGGCUGUCUCCAAAUUUCCGCCUUCAUUGUCAAGGCCUGAUAUUCUUCAUAAUCCAAACUCUAUGUCUAGGGGUCCAAAACCACCCAUUGCUCCCAAGCCAAAACUCUCAGCUGACACUGAGGGGAGGUCCAGUGUUCAUACCAACAAUAACUUAAAUAAAUUCACAAAUGGAAAACUGAUAUGUCCCGAUGGAGAGCUGUAUGAAGGAAAUCAAUGCAACAUUGAGUGCUCGGAAUCUGAGGCUGGUGAUGAAUAUAUCGUAGUUCCUGAAGCUCAGCUGACUGAUGACUUUGAACAUGCGCAUGACGAGUGUUUAGAGUCAUCUGCAGAGAAUGAGGUCUUAGAAACUCCAGAAGCAUCAGGGGAGGAAGAGGAUCAUAGCAUAGCUAAUGACGAGGAGAUCUGUAAUCCAGAAAUAACUGAAGCCGAGGACAAUGACUCUUCAGAUGCUGUGGAACCUGUGGACCCAGACUCAGAUGGAGCAACGGAAAUGAGAGGCUGUGACAGGUCUGAAGCACUUAGUCAAGUGUCUUCAGGAGCCCUUGAAGUAGAAGAUGUUGCUUCUAAGAAUAUGGAUGAAGAAGUGGACUGUGUAGAUGACCCCCAAAACUACUUCAAAGGUGAGGCUGAGGAAACAUUUAAUAACCUCGAUCUGGUAAAGGACAAUAAUGAGUAUAACCUGGAAAACUGUAAGAUUUUGAAUGGAGAUGAGGACUUGAAGGGCAAUAUCUGUGAAGACAUUAUUCUAACACAUUUACCUGUAGAUGAUGAGCUAAUACCAGAAGAGAAUGAUGAACUGCCCCAAACUUUAGAAGAUGAGCUAUCAAACAAUGACACAGAAGUGAGUCCAGCAAACAGUGGUGACCUGGAUGAUAAUGCAGAGUUUGUACUGAGUACAGAAACGGAAUUAGUAAAUUAUGAUUGUGCAAAUCCUGAUAUAAUUCCUGAUGAUGUUGAUGAAGAAGAAACAGACAUUGGGUUAGGACUGAAAGAAAAUGAACCUGACGCAGAAGAGGAUUUGGGAGGUUCUAUCAAUGAAGCUGCAGCUGAAGAAGAGGAAGUAUGUCCAGAUAAUGACAAAGAAACAAAUGUGGAAAGGGAAGACUAUAUAGAUGAUGGGUACCAAACCAUUGAGAUGAAGAGUGAGGAGGAAACAUCAAAGACAACAUGUGAGGCUAGAGAAGACUCUGAAAAAGAGGAAGAAGUGGUGAAGGCAGAGAAUAUAGAUGAUAGUUGUCAAAUUGUUCCGUUUGAGAGCGAAUGCAAUGAAGAUGUCAUUGACUCACCCCAAGAAAACUUAGAUGAUAAUUUGCAACUGGAAAGGACUUUUUUGAGUAAUGAUAGCCAGCUCUCUAGUCCUCAAACUGUUAGUGAGCCAGAGCUGGAAGUGGAAUCUAAACCAAAUGUGUUUGUUGAAGAUUGUGGUGACAAUGAAUGUGUCUUGGAAGAAUCUGAAUCAGAUGAGCAAGUUCUUGAAGGCAACAAGGUCAGUCAUAGUAGCUUUGAAGAAAGCUCCCCAAAUCCACCUGAACAAGCAUCAGUUGAGGAUAAAUACCAUACAGCAGAAGAAUUAGCUAGAUGUGAUCAAAGCAAAUAUAAAGCAGACUGUGCUAGUGAACAUGAGUCUAGUGAGUAUUUAGCAGUCCCUGAAGUGGUUGUUGUACCUGAGGAAGGAGAAACAACCAGUGAUUCUCUAGAUGAUCCUUAUGUGAUGCCCUCAGAGAAUGCAACCCCUCAUGUUAGAGAAGUGGUGCAGACUGAAUUAGAAGAUAUUCCAUGUGAUUACAGCAUAAGAGAAGAACUAAUUGUAGACACUGAAAACAACCUGCUAUCCAUUGAUCGAAAAAGUAUGGUCACUAGAACAAGGUCACUCUCUGGGAAAGUGCCUGGCUAUGUGCCAGAAACUGUUCCAGAAGAAACUGGACCAGAAACGGAUGUACAGUCCUCAAAUAAUGACUCUCUGACUGAAUAUUUAACCAAUAACUUACCGCUAUUGGAAGGAAAACCAAUAGAAGUCAAUAGGGCCUUACCAGCCACGUCAAGACGCUUUAUUUUAUACCCACGGUCUUACUCGGUAGAAGGGAGAGAUAUGCCAGUCUCUGUUUACAGAGAAACUGAUGGCUCUACAUUGGAUGACAAUAGAAUAAAGAGGACAGAAGACAACCUCUUUUUGCCCUGUGUAAUUGGUUCUUCAGGUAGCUUUUCACAGAGGAAUCACCUUUCAUCAAGUGGUGUGUCCACCCCAUCCUCAGUUGUUGACAUACCACCUCCUUUUGAACUAGCCUGUAUCACCAAAAAGCCAAUCACUAAAAGUUCCCCCUCACUUUUAAUAGAGAACGAAUCUCCUGAUAAGUACACUAAGAAAAAGAAAUCAUCUUUUAAGAGGUUUCUCACCCUAAAAUUUAAGAAGAAGACAGAAAAUAAGGUCCAUGUGGAUGUUAAUGUUUCCUCUUCAAGGUCCUCUUCAGAGUCUAGCUAUCACGGGACUUCUAGGAUUGUGGAACUGGACAGAAGGAGCUUGAGUAGUUCACCUCAGCUAAAGUCCCAUACUGGGAAGCUGCGAGCUUCUGAGUCUCCCUCUACUGUUCUUUUCUACAAGGAUGGUAAAAGAAAGGGGAUACCCAAAACCUUUAGCAGGAGUGUGUCGAGAGUGGAGUCCUUUGAGGAUCGAUCCAGACCUCCUUUCAUGCCACUCCCCUUAACUAAACCUAGGUCUAUUUCGUUCCCUAAUGCUGAUACUUCUGACUAUGAGAACAUUCCAGCUGUGAGCUCUGAUUAUGAAAAUAUACAAAUUCCUCCUCGAAGACCAACCAGAGCAGGAACUUUUACAGAAUUUUUUGAAGAUCCCAGUAGGGCAUUAUCUGCUGCGAAUGAGAAUGACGGCUAUGUGGAUAUGAGCAGCUUCACAGCCUUUGAGAACAAGCAGCAAACCACAGACCAGGAAACAGAAAGUGCCUAUACUGAGCCUUACAAGGUGUGCCCUGUCUCUGUGGUACCCGUGGAGGACGUCACAUCAGACGAGGAACAGAAGAGUUCAGAAGAUGAGGAGAGUAGCCAGGGGGAUCCCAGCCUCAUCCAUAAAAAAGAAGGACAGUCCAGAGCUUACCUCAUAGCCCAGGAGCUGGUGUCUUCGGAGAAAGUAUAUGUGGAGAUGCUCCGGCUGUUACAUGUGGAUUUCCAUGAAGCGGUCUUGAAAGUGCUGGGGGAUGAGGAUGAAAAUGAGAGGGAGGAGGUGAAGCUCAAGCAGGGCUUGAGUGAGAUCCCUGAACUCUACAGACUACACCAGGAGAUACUGGGAGAACUGGAGGAAAGAGUCCUCAAUUGGGAGGAACACCAGAAAGUGGCCGAUGUUUUUCUCUCAAGAGAAUCAAGGUUCAAUCACCACACAGCAUAUAUUAUGCAGUUUGAUAGGAAUUUGGCUUUGCUAGAUGAAACCUGCCUUAAAUCUUCCCAGCUGGCCACUGUCAUCCGGGAGUUUGAGCAGGAUCCUGGCGGCAGCCCCCUGAAUGUGAAACACCAGUUUUUGAAAGUGGUGCAGCGCAUAUUCCAGUACCGCGUGCUACUCACAGAUUACUUGAAUAACCUUUGUCCUGAUUCUGCAGAGUAUGAAGACACACAAGCUGCCUUACUCAUGGUCUCUGAAAUUACGGACCGAGCCAACGACAGCAUGCAGCAAGGGGUGAGUUGUGAUUUGAUGAUUGGUACUGUCUUCUCUGUGAGGGGUAAAUCUGAUGAGGUUCAACAAGGACAAGAGUUUCUGAAAGAGGGAACACUGAUGAAAGUGUCUGGGAAAAACAGGCAUCCUCGGCAUUUGUUCUUGAUGAAUGAUAUUCUGCUGUACACGUAUCCCCAGAAGGAUGGCAAAUACCGACUGAAGAACACCUUGGCUGUGUCCGGCAUGAGGGUCAGCCGCCCAGUGACAGAAAAAGCCCAAAACGUCCUGAAGAUUGAAUACGCUGAACACUGCCUGACCCUGUCAGCAAGUUCAUGCUCUGAAAGGGACGAGUGGUAUAGCUGCAUCAGCAGAACCAUUCCAGAUGACUACAAAGCUCACAAUGCAUCUACCUUUCACAACAGUAUUGAGCUAAGGGAAAGGCUGGGAAUAUCCUUGGGUGAGAGGCCUCCAACCUUGGUACCUGUGUCCCACGUCAUGAUGUGCAUGAACUGCGGCUCUGAUUUUACCCUCACUCUGAGACGCCAUCAUUGCCAUGCAUGUGGGAAGAUUGUAUGUCGAAAUUGUUCAAGAAAUAAGCAUCCCCUGACGUACCUCAAAGACCGACUAGCAAAAGUCUGUGACGGCUGCUACUCAGAACUGAGAAAAAGAGAGCGGCCAGUAAGUGUGAGCUUCCCUCCAACUUCAUCCAGGUUUUCAGGCAGUGCCUUCUCUUCCGUCUUCCACAAUAUUCACUACUCAUCCUUCAAGAAACAAAAGAAGAUCCCUUCUGCUCUUAUGGAGGUAGGACCAACGCUGCCUGAGAAAAGGUGGCAGCUUCAGGAGAGGGAUCUUCUAUCAGUGGCUAUCUCAGCAGGUGUAAGAGAGGCAAAAGGCACUGGAAGAAGCUCUGGUUUGUUAUCAAAGGCAAAGUCCUCUACACCUACACGGCAAGUGAGGAUAAAGUCGCCACAGAGAGUCUGCCUUUGCUGGGUUUCACAGUUGCCCCAGAAAAGGAGGAAGGAAGUACAGAUGCAGUUUUCCAUCUUUACCACAAGCAAACCUUGUUUUAUAGCUUCCGCACGGAGGAUAACAAUUCAGCACAGAGGUGGAUUGAAGCCAUGGAAGAAGCAACCAUAUUAUAGCAGUAAUCAAUCAAGAGGACUUGGAAUAAACUCUCAGAUUUCUCUACAUUCCCAUCAGCCCAUUUCUGUUUCAAGAAGCUGAGUAGUGUAUUUCAAACCACCUGGCUAUACACACUGGAUAUGAACUGUUUCCAGAUUGCUAUCUUUCUUUUGCUUCCUUCAUUUUAAAUCCACAUUUUUUUGCAAGUUGAAAACUUUAAAAUAGAGAAUAUUCAUGGUCCUCUUUAUGUCUGUGCGAGUUCAACCUGCGCUAUAACUCAUUCCCAUAAUCCCACAGUAAGUUAAGUUUUAACAUCAAGACAAGAAAUAGAUACAAAUUAUUUCUGAACUCACAUGGAAGUACUGGCUAACAGUAAGUAACAGGCUCAGUUUUACUUACCCUAGAGAACUAUCAACUUUCAUUUUGUUGGUUUUGGUGUCUACCAUGAAAUAAGAAAUAAUGCAGUAAACCACAGAUUCUCAUUUAAAGCACUUUAUUGUUUUAUUGUAUUACAGCUUCAUUUUUUUCAAUGUUUCCAAGGAAUUUUGUGGACUGAUUUACCACCAGUCCAUUAACAAGUGCCAGCAUGAAGUCGUGCACUGCAUACAAUAAAUUGCUUCCACAGACAAUGAACAAAUACAUGCAAUGCACUAUGUAUGGUCUGCCAGUACUCCAGUGGCUAGGAUCCAGGGUGAUUACUUACCAAUUUAUAAUUUUACAUAAAUCACUGUAUAAUUUAUUUAAUAAGUUUCAUUUCUUACCACAACAGUACUUUAAAAUGCACUACGGUAGCUCUCCAAACCCACAUGCUGAAUACCAUUUUCCCCUGUAGAUUGUAUCUGACUGAAAUCCAAAGGAUAUUUUAAUUUAUUGUAAGCCUUAAGACAGUUUUCAUUUGAUACCGGUCGACUUUAGUGUUAGAUUAUUUAAAUAUCUGAUAGAAUCUUUUUAUUUUAAAAAGCCAUGUUGUUACUGCUUUGAUGACUUCUGAUAAAGGUCAUCAAAAAUUUAAUUCCUGUUACCAGCAUACAGUAAUAGAUAUGCUGGCUGGCUGAAAAACACUUGUGCGAACAUGGUCUGUCAAAGUGCUUUGGAAUUCCUGUGGCUAAAUGCUGCUGUGCAGAUUCCCAGGUGCAGUACAUCAGCACAGCUCCACUGAAGUCAAUGGACCUAUGCUGAUUUUCACCAGCUGAGGAUGUUGCCCUAUAGGUUGUUUUGUUUUGGGGGAUUUUUAUAUAAAGAGAAAAAAGCAAUGUUAUAAAUAUUGUAAUAAAAUGAUUUAAUAUCAUACACUUCUCCUAAUACUAGACUGAGGAAUAGACUGGCAGUUAUGUUAAAGUAGAUCUUUGUAUAGAAUACAACAGUCAAAGAUUUACUUACAUUAAAAUACGUUUUCAGGGGGAAAUGUUUUUUUAUUACUAGCAUUUUUAAUAUUUUUCUUCCGUAAUUUGCAUCAAAACCUGAAUUUCUGGUUCAAAUGGUGACUGGUUAGAAUUGUCCAUAUUUUUUAAAAGUUUACAAAAUGUAUUCAGGUGAAACUAAAUAGUCAGUUCUGUUCACCAUUUGAAAAAAUAAUUACAAGUUUAAAAGAUCAAAUAUGGACCUAAUCUAACAGUGAAAUGCAGUUGUGUAGUUUUGUUGAUACAGCUCAGUCUCUGAUACUCUGUUGCAUAAAGCACAGUCAGAUGCAAAGAGGAAUUAAUUAUAAAAAGAAUAAAGCUUUUGUAUUAUCUUAAAAGUGGGUAAACUCCAAUGUUAACUCUGUACAUUUUGUGUUACAACUAUGGCCUUGCUUCCAUUAGCCUGUAAAUGUUUUCUUCUGUUUUAUAAUUUUUUUCCCUUUAAAAAUCAUUUGUUGGAUUUACACUGACAAAAACAAAGAAUGUUAAAUACAAAGUAUAACAGAUUUAAAUCACUAACCAAGGUUUCAAACAAAACUGUGCUACAAAUAACAGUAUUAUGAACAUUUAGGUGCUGACAUUUAGGCCCAGAUCCUCAAAAGGUAUUUAGGCACCUAACUCUCCCACUGAAAUCAAUGGGAAUUAGGCCCCUAACUACCUUAAACGAUCUGGGUCUUGGUGACUUGUAUGAAGUUUUCAGUAACUGACAGGAAAUGAAUACAUGAAAAUAUUUUGUUGUAAAAAAUAAAUACAGUGCUGUUAAA